UCACGUAUUUCUUCUGUGAUCAAAUAUUUCCGGAGAAAAGUCUAUUUGGAAUUCGAUGACGAUUUCCACCUCUUAUAGUCGCUGCAUCAGUUCGUGAAUGCAAUCGCAAAAAGUAAUAUUUAUACAUAUUUAGAGGUUAGACAAGUGUCGCUAUCAUCUUGUUCGAUUGAAGAUUCUGUUGUUGAUCGUUUGUUGUUUAUGGUUCGUGGCCCAUCCCAGUUCGCUGUGAAUGUGUGUGCCGUUUCCAUAAAAAAACUAUCAUAUUUAUGGAUAACAUCUGUUUCUGAUAAGCACCUGUCCUGGCCCAAGAAACCGUUGCAUGUUCUCGUUAUCAAAAUUUGGAAAGUUUGGAAACUUUUUUUGGGUUUCCACAAGGUUUAGUUUGCAGAAAAUUGAAAAACGCCUGUUCAAUUCUUUUGAGAGGCGAGAAUGCCUGAAGAUAAGAAAAUGGCGGUAGACAAUGAUACCCUCCCCUCCAAGAAAUCUUCCUCCCUCGUAAGGAGCAGUGGAAGUACCUUGGCUCAGGUGACUAUGUUGGAUGGUUCUAUUUUGGAUGUUAAUAUCGAGAGAAAAGCAAAGGGAAAAGAGCUUCUUGACAAGGUUUGUGAAUCAAUCAAUUUAAUAGAGAAAGACUAUUUUGGGUUGGUUUAUGCUGAUAGACAUGAUCCUAGAAAUUGGCUGGACCUAGAAAAAAGGAUUAGCAAAUUCAUGAGAGUGGAACCGUGGAAAUUCAGUUUCGAAGUGAAAUUCUAUCCACCUGAUCCUGCCCAAUUACAAGAAGACAUUACUCGCUACCAACUGUGUCUUCAGAUACGUAACGACAUUUUGAACAAUCGCCUGCCGUGUUCAUUCGUCACUCAUGCCUUGCUUGGUUCAUACCUAGUCCAGUCCGAAUUAGGAGACUUCGACCAAGAAACUAUGGACAGGAAUUAUUUGAAAGAUUUCAAAUUUGCUCCCAACCAAACCCAGGAUCUGGAACAGAAAGUAAUGGAAUUGCACAGGACUCACAAGGGUCAAACUCCUGCUGAAGCUGAGCUGCAUUACUUAGAAAACGCCAAGAAAUUAGCAAUGUAUGGAGUAGAUCUCCAUCCUGCUAAAGAUUCAGAAGGUGUCGAUAUAAUGCUAGGUGUUUGUGCUUCCGGUCUUUUGGUCUAUAGAGAUCGACUUCGAAUAAACCGAUUCGCUUGGCCAAAGAUUCUCAAAAUUAGUUACAAAAGGCACAAUUUUUACAUAAAAAUACGUCCUGGGGAGUUCGAGCAAUUUGAAUCCACUAUUGGUUUCAAACUGGCGAAUCACAGAGCAGCCAAAAAACUAUGGAAGACAUGCGUAGAACACCAUACAUUUUUCAGGCUUAUGUCUCCAGAAAUCAAUCAAAAAUCAUCCCUAUUUCCAAAACUGGGGUCGAAAUUCAGAUACUCAGGUCGAACCCAUUAUGAAACGAAAAAGACACCCAUUGAACGACCAGCACCACAAUUUGAAAGAUCCUUGACUGGAAAACGAUUGACUUCCAGAAGCAUGGAUCCUUUGGUUGGUUUGCGUCCUGAAGACGAAUAUAACGAAGCUAAUAAACGUCAUACUAUGUCUCAUCCACCUGAACAUAUUCCUGACAUUGACAAUCAGAGUCCAGCGAAGAUUAAGUCUCCCAAAGAGAAGAAAGAAAAAGAAAAGCUUGACCGGAAACGGAGUUCAGGAUCAAUUAAAUCUGGCAGCUCAGCUAGUUCAAUAGAGGGAGAAUACGAAGCGGAAAAGAGUCAGCAGAAAACCAAACCUAUCGGAGGGGUUGCAGUUCUACCGGCAGGUGGUUUGUUGGGUAAGAAAGGUGACAAAGACAAAGAAAAUCGAGACGCAAAUGCUUUAGAACAAAACGGAGUUGAGGAUAUGAAUGCAAGUAGGGAAAGUGACAAGUCUCCCCACGAUAGGAAGGACAAAUCCAAGAGUCCUGGUUUCCUAUUCGGUUCUAAAAAGGACAAAUCCCCGAAGGACAAGAAAGAAAAAGAAAAAGUACUAGCUCAACCGAAUAAGGACAAAGGAGGCCCCCCUGUUGGUUCGCCCCAGCUGCCUGGCUACACUAGAGAGUACGACUACGAAACGCCCGAAGACCAGGUAACCCCUAGAAAACCUCACGCUCAAGGUUUCAGUUACGAAAAUCAAGGCUCGCCCUCUAGUCCUACUAGCUAUCCCGAAACACAUUCUCCUUCCACAAAGAGGGCCACUGCUACGGCUUUCAACUACGCUCCUGGUGAUGUAGACAAAUUGAAGAAGGUAGCGCCCUACAAAGAUCCAAAAGCAGACAGUGCAGCUUUCCUGGCAGGCGAGCAGUAUAUGCACCACGCUCCGCCCCAAACAGCGCCCAUAGCGCCAAUAGGCGUCCCGCUUGCUGCCGGCAAGAAGACGAGACCCAUAACUUUAUUCGUGAUAACCGGUAACAGAGAUCCCAAAACUGGAUACAUCGAUGUGGCAACAGCCACCGCUGACAAAACAAUUGGCCAGCAGAACGUUGAGACUGGUCUCAUCGAUUGCAAGUACGGCCUGAUCGAUCCUUCUAACGGUACAGUAAUCAUAACGGAUCCCGCCAACGGACAAAAAGAAGUCGUUCAAGGACACAUUGACCCCAUCACCAAGCAAAUCAUCAUCACUUCCGGGGCUGUUAUCGAUCCCAAGUCGGGUAAGAAGAGCUCCAACAUGGGACAGAUCAUCGCGAUAUCGGAACAGCAGCCGAGAGUAGUCAGUAAACUGGCAGCGGUGCCUAAGAAGCGAAUAAUAAAAAUAACAGUUACUACUGCUAAGAAAGAUCCGAAAUCUGGACGGGUGGAGGCAGAAAAGGGCCACACCGAAAUCCUAGAGGCUGUUCUAGAUCCUACCACCGGAAAAAUAGAGUCGAAAUACGGAGUUAUCGACCCAUUCAAGAGCAACAUAACCUGCAAAGACGCGAAAUCCGGCAAAACUGAUGUUUACCCCAUCGAAAUCGAUAGCAAUCUCGGCCAUUUCGUAGUGAAGCAAGGAGUGUUGGAUCAGAAAACAAACAAAGUCGACAACAGCUUAGGGCAGCUUAUCAAGAUUUCCGAGCAAGGUGAUUCCGUAAUUCCCGUCACCGCUGUCACGGCCAAGCGCGAUCCCAAAACUGGCCAGCUUGAUCCGACGCAAGCGCACAAGGAAACUACUAACGGUAAGAUAGAUUCCAAACAUGGCGUCAUCAUGACUAAGUAUGGAUCUGUAGACGUGAAAAACAAAAGGAUAAUCUCUCGAGAACCAAAAACUGGUAAAGUGGAGGAACAUCCCAUCCAGUUCGACGUUAACGAAAACGUCAUCGUCUUGAACGGUGUCGUAGAUCCACGAACCGGCGCCAGAGACAACAACCUAAGUCAAAUACUGCAAAUAGACUCUGAGAUAGAACCCGAAAUUGUUGUAAUUUCAAAGUCCGGUAAAGUUGACAAGAAAGGUUUCGACCCCAAGUCCGUCAUGCCUCCAGAGAGAUCCAUAGGCAUGUACGAUCCUGACUCGAAUAAAGUGUUCACCAAGUAUGGUGUUGUUGAUCUUAUAAACGAGACGAUCAGUUUUAUCGACCCCAAAACUGGCAAGACCGACGUUAAACAAGGUCAGCGAGACCCCGCUACCGGAGAAAUUCUGUUCAAGGGUUUGGUUAAUCCGAAAACGGGAAAAGUCGACAGCAGUUUCGGAAGAACGAUCAAAGUCGACCUCAGCGAAGCCAAAGUAGAUCCUGACGUUGGAAGUACUCCCAUUUCCGUGAAAGCAGAUAAAAAGAGCAUACCGGUGUCUCCAGUCAAAGCCCCAACUACAGUUGCUGCAAAACCUCAGGACAGGAAUAAAGUUGUUAAACUGCUAGUCAUUACAGCUAAGAAAGAUCCUAAAACAGGUCACUUAGACCUGGAGAACGGCCAUGUAGAUCAGUCUGCCGGAAUACUCAAUCCUUCAGGAGAAAUUGAAUCCAAAUAUGGCUUAAUCAAUCCCAAAAACGGAACUGUUACCAUUACAGACCCUGCCACCGGUAAACAGGAAAUUGUUCAGGGCCAAAUUGACCCGUCAUCUGGUCAGUUGGUCAACGUUACUGGUCCAGUAAUAGACCCUAGAACCGGCAAGAAGGAUACUACCAUGGGUCAGGUGAUCAGCAUUGCCUCGUACGAUGCUAAAGAUGUAACACCCAUUAAGAAUUUGCUACCAUCCCACCCGAUACCCAAAAAACGUGUCAUCAAGAUAUUGGUCAUCACCAGCAAGAAGGACCCUGCAACGGGUAGAAUAGACACUGAGAAGGGUACUGUGGAGAAACUAACUGCUACAGUCGACCCCAUCAGCGGCAUUAUCGAAUCAAAAUACGGUAAGAUCGAUCCUCAGAACAAGAAGUUUGUUACGAAAGAUAAGUCCGGCAAAUCGGCCAUUACUCCUAUCAAAGUGGAUGAAAAUACCGGCCAAAUAUACAUCAACGAAAACGUGGUCGAUAAUAAAACAGGAAAGAUUGAUCCUAGUCUGUCGCAGGUUGUCAAUGUCGUUGACCCUCAACAUCCUGCUGUUGUUAUAACUACCAUAACCGCUAAUAAAGAUCCGAAAACGGGCGCUGUCGAUUUGACCAGCGGCAGAACGGAGAUAUCCAACGGAAAGAUAAUCCCUGAAACCGGAGAAAUCGUGACGAAACAGGGAACCAUCAAUUUGAAACUCAUGAGAAUAAUGACCAGAGAUCCCAAAACAGGUAUUGUUCAUGAGAGGCCUGUCCAAGUCGACAAGGACGAUAAUAUCAUUAUUAGUUCUGGUGUGGUAGAUCCCAGAACCGGAGCUGUUUCACCGAAUCUAGUCCAGAUGGUGCAAGUCGGAGCGGAAGUAGAUCCCGAAAUACAAAUUCGCACCUAUGUCGGUAAGGUGGAUUCCAAAAAGAACACGAUCGAUUCCAAAAACGCCACUCCUGACACCACUCCAGGUCUAUACGAUCCGGAUAAGAACAAGAUAUACACUAAGUACGGGCAUUUGGAUCCGGUUGCGGAAACGCUUACUGUGAUCGACCAUAAGACUGGCAAGCCAGAGACCAGGCAAGGCCACAUCGAACCUAACACGGGUGAACUUCUGUUCAAGGGCGGUUUUACCAACCCGAAAUCUGGAAAAAUCGAGAAGGAUCUUGGAAGGGCUGUGUCUGUACAUAUAACCGAGCCGGCUGUCGAUCCGGUUACUUCUCAGCAGCCCUCGGAACGGGAAUUGCAGAAAGUUACUCCCACCAAGCCAAUUUCGCCGACGUCACAAAUUGAGUUAGCUGAAAAACCAGUAAUUAAAACAACACCUAUCAAAACAACUUCGCCUGUCAAAGACGUUGUAACGGGCGUACUCCAUCCCAUCGCUAAACAUAGAAUCGUCAAAAUAAUGGUGAUUACUGCGAAGAAAGAUCCCAAGACCGGCAACGUGGAUACCGAGAAUGGCCACGUUGAGCAUUUGACUGGCAUUCUAGAUCCUAAUACCGGUUUCGUCGAAACUAAGUACGGUCAGAUUGAUCCUACCACCGGUUCGCUCAUAGCUCGAGAUACAUCCACGGGUAACGCUGAAAUAAUACAAGGAAAAGUGGACCCCGCUACUGGCCAGGUGGUAGUUAACGGAGGCCCGGUUGUCGACCCAAGAACAGGAAAAUUAGACCCAACUCUCGGACAGGUAUUUUCCAUCGUUGGUUUGAAGCAAGCGCAAGAUCCCAACGCGGCUCCUGUGCCCAAGAAACGAAUCAUCAGAAUAACGGUAAUAACUACCAAGAUCGACCCGAAGACCGGCAAGGUUGAUACAGAAAAAGGUCAGGUUGAACAGUCCACUGCGUUGCUAAAUCCAGACACGGGGCUGAUUGAAUCCAAAUACGGUCUCAUCGAUCCGAAGAACGGCAAACUUAUCAUCAACGAUCCCAAAUCUGGCAAAGUCGACGCGAAGUCCGCCCAAGUCAACGAGGUCAACGGCCAAAUCAUGGUGGCCAGUGGAGUGAUAGAUCCAAAAACAGGAAAACACGACAGCUCCUUGGGGCAGAUCAUCAGCAUCGCUGGUCAAAACGAUCCUAUUUUGGAAAUAACCACAAUCACCGCCAAAAAAGAUCCCAAGACCGGUGUUAUAGACGUUGAUAAUGGUCAGAUGGAUACCUCCAAGGCUCAGAAAAUAUCUGCCACCGGUGAAAUCAAAACAAAAUACGGCACCAUCGACUUGAAAAAUCUGCGUUUGAUUUCAAUCGACCCGAAAACUGGCAAAUCCGAAUCUAGGCCGAUUAUAAUCGAUUCUGACGGCGUCAUAAAAGUCAUGACUGGUGUAAGAGAUCCACGAACCGAUACCGUGAAUCCAGAGUUGUGUCAAGUAAUUAAGUUAGGCUCUGAAGUGGAGCCUGAGGUACAAGUAGUGACGUUAGUAGGAAAGUUGGACCCCAAGAAGAAUACCAUCGACACCAAAAAUGUGGCUCCCGAAAUUUCUAACGGUCUAUACAAUCCUUCCACCCAUAAAAUAGACACUAAAUACGGACAGAUAGAUCCCGUAAAAGGCACAUUAACGCACACCGACCCUAAAACGGGACGAAUAGACGUUAAGCAAGGCAUUGUUGACCCCGCUACCGGGCAAAUUCUCUUCAAGGGAGGCUACGUGAAUCCUAAAACUGGAAAAUACGAUCCCAACUUCGCCAGGCUCGUCGCUAUAUUGAUCAGCGAUCCCAAAAUCAAUGACAAGGGUGAAAUAGUCAAUAGAGAUGACAAGAGCAUCAAGAUCGACCCUAAAACUAACCAGGUUUGGGCGUUUGACCAUGCCGAUCCUGUUACGAAAGAGGAUGUUUACUCUACCGGCCACAUUGAUCCGGUGACUGGGUAUAUCAUCACUGUUUACGGGUAUUUGGACCCCAAAACUGGAACCAUUUCGAAAGUUGUAAAAGUGGACCCAAAUAACGCUAAGUUCGAUCCAGAGACCAACCAGGUAUUCACGAAGACAUCUCAGAUCGACGAAAAUGGCGCACCGUUGUAUUCAGCAUCAGAAAUUGAUCCUCAUACGGGCCAGAUUUAUACCAAAUAUGGUAAAAUCGACCCUAGAACCGGUAAACUGGUGAUAGUAAGAAUAUAUCUGAUCACGCAGAACGAUCCAUCUGGUAAAGUAAAAGAAAUCGAUCCCAGCGAUUGCCAGUUCGACGAGAAAACGGGCCGUAUCAUCAAUGUUACUACCCAGACUGUGUACAUCUACAGCAUGGUAGAUCCAAAGACGGGCAAGAUCGUUCAGGUCGAUCCUAACGAUCCUCUGGUGAAGAGCGCCAACACUAAAGUCACCCAAGUGUUGACCCUUUCUGGAGAAAUUGAUCCUGUUACCGGUAAGAUCCAUACAGAAUGGGGGCACAUCGAUCCCCAAACGGGAGAUAUCGACCCUAAGACCGCUCGUAGAAGUCCAGUGACGGGCGAAUUGAUUCUCAAUUAUGCCCAAAUAGAUCCCAGCCACUUUACCGACGUCAAGGACACCAAAGUGCACGUUAAAACCUAUAGACAAGGAGGCAGCGAUUCUGGAGAGAGCAGUGACGACGAUUUGAACGAGUAUGCUGCAGACAAUUUGCAGGACGUGACGAACUUGAAAAUCCCAAAGGGCAAGGGCUUGAGCACUCCGGUUAUCGUGAAAACCACUACAAAACAAAUCGUGACAAAGGACAAGGAUGGCGUUACACAGAAUAUCGAGGAACGAGUCGAAGACGGAAGGACUGGAGAAGUAACUUAUUCAACACACGUUAACAAGGCCGAAGCACCGGUGGACGACGGUAAAUCUCCUUUCGUCACCGCCCGAGCGGUAACGACGAGAACUGCGACGACGCACGAGGAUUUGGGAACAAACGCGCGCACUCAGCAGCUGGAAGAAAAGACGGUCGCUCACUCGAUGACGUCGAGCGCCACCAGACAGGAGCAGCGCGUCGUAACGCAGGAGGUGAAGACGACGAGUACGGUCGUUAGUGGUGAACAGCUGGGCAGACGAGACAGCAUUAGUUCGACUAGCUCAGGUGAUUCAGGCACUCCGAUUGACCCCCCAGACGAUCCGAAUCAUCCUUAUUACAACAGCGUUGUAUACCAGGACCCACCUGAGGGAAUUGUGCAAACAGAAAGUAUUGUUUACCGUGGUGAUCCCACUGUAAUUCAUUCCACCACCAGUGUUCCAGUUGUAGCAACAGAAGCCCGUAAAGUAAACUUGACCUCAGAUGAUGGAGCAUACAGCGCAACUGGCGAAAUCGUCAGUUCGCAAACCAUCAGUUCUAAAACUAGAACAGUGGAGACCAUCACGUAUAAAACUGAACGAGACGGAAUAGUUGAAACUAGAGUGGAACAAAAGAUAACCAUCCAGUCUGACGGAGAUCCGAUAGACCAUGAUAGGGCUUUAGCAGAGGCUAUUCAAGAAGCGACUGCAAUGAAUCCUGACAUGACGGUAGAAAAAAUUGAAAUUCAACAGCAAACAGCACAACCAUAAUCGUAAGGUACGUACGAACACGAUGUAAUAC